CAAUGACACAGCAGAUUGCCGUCACAGCAGGAGGAAAGUACUGCUGAUAACCGGCAAUUGUCAGAGGACGGAUUGGCACUGAUGAUCAGUGCCCUGAUGAUCAGUACCCAGCAGUGCCACCCACCUGUGGCCAGCAGUGCCAACCCAUCAGUGCUGCCAGUCAGUGCCACCCAUCAGUGCCCAUCAUUGUUGCAUAUCAGUGCAGCAUCAUCAGUGUCACCUAUCAGUGCCCAUAAGUGCUGCCUAUAUGUGCCACCUCAUCAGUGCCGCCUAUCAGUGCAGCCUCAUCAACGCACAUCAGUGAAGGAGAAAAAUUAGC